AUGGCUCCAGGACCAGGCCUUAACUAUUACGAGCUCACCUCCAGAGCUUCCUUUUGGGUGCUCAUCUGGCUAACCUGCUUACUUCUAGAUCAGAAUGUGCAAUGCGCGUUUUAUCUGGACCCUGACGCGACAUGGCUGCUGCGGGCUCCAAUUACGAUGCAAGAAUCAGAUCGCCUUAAUGAUAUCCUCCAUUUCGCCCAUAGUCCGUUGCCGGAAUCUCAUCCCACUGGUGGCAUCAAUACUCUUCCGCCGUCUGAAUCGGAUCACCUGAACGACUUUCUUCAUCUUAUCAAUAGUCCAUGGCCGCAAUCGCAUCUCAAUUCCCAUGGCAGUCUUGACAAUACCGAAUUGGGUUACCUUCACAAUAAUAACAUUCACAAUUCGGCCAAUAGUCCACGGCCGGAAUCUCAUCCCACUCUCAGCACCACCAAUACGCAUUCAACGACUGUUCAAAAAAAGAGGAAAAAGUACGACAUAAAAAAAAUCAAAACCUCAGUGAGAAAAAAGGUGAAAGAUUCAAGUGAUGGUACCUCUCCUGCUUUCGAAAUCAUCAAUUCUGAGCGGCCAGUGAAAAUCGAAAAAAAAGUUAUCUUUGAAGCAAUCCGAAGCUUAAAAAAAUUCAACGGGGAGAGAUUCGUUGGCAACGAAGGCGAAGACGAAUACAAGAUGCUUAAGAUAGAGGAGGAACAAAUCAGAAACUUCCUUUCUCAAGUGGUGAGAGCAAGAAACAUAUACCUCCCUCAACAAAACGGCAGGGCUAGGUUAGUUGAAACCAUAAAGGGAGACUUUGCACCAGGAUAUCAAAAAAGAAGACACGAUGCUGUGGCACGAUUCAAAACCGAAGCGAACAACGAGGAGCUAAAAUUGAAGUCACUCUACACUGAUCGUGUCAUCCCGCAGUUCGCAGAUUCUAUGGAGCAGCUUAAAGUAAGAAUUGGGGACAAAUACUCUCAAUCAGAGGGACAGGCAAAAGAAUUACUGAAAGACUUCAAACGCAUCCGGAAAAUACUACCUAUCUACCUGUUCUACGUAGAUUUGAUCAACACAGUCAUUCCAGAUCAAGGUGUGGCGACCGAAGGCGUGACUACAUUGGAGUUGCAAAGGAAAGCAGCUGGGCAGCAGUUUUUACAAUAUGUAGGCGAGCUCAUUGAAAACCCACACCUGGAAGAACAUUCAACUGGUGAAAAGUCCAGAUUAGCCAGCCAAGAUCUAAGAAAAACUACCACUAUUCCUAAGUUUUAUUGGAACAUUUUAGCAAAAUGGAUUUAUGUCUCAAGAACUUCAUUAGCAUUUUGGGUUCAGACUGAUGAAAAGACAUUAGGAAUACAACCCAGUUUCAAGCACUUCUUUAAUGAAAUCUUCACGUGUUAUAUAGAAAAGUUCACCAACAAGCCCAUGAUCACUCUUGAUUGA